AUGUCCGACGCCGACGGCCGCGUGCUCUGGAACACGACCCUCGCGGGCAGUUCAUCACCACAGGCGCCGGCAGCGGCCGUGCUGACGAACGAGGGCAACCUGGUCGUCCAGCAAGCGAACGGCCCCGCGUUGUGGCAGAGCUUCGACCACCCGACGGACACGUUCAUUCCGGGGAUGAGGAUGCGGCUGAGCCACCGGACGGGCAAGGGCGACCGCAUCGUGUCCUGGAAAUCCCCCGGCGACCCUGCGCCGGGGCGCUUUUCCUACGGCCUGGAUCCCAGCACGUCGCUGCAGCUGCUCAUGUGGAACGGGACGCGCCCCUACUGGCGCACUCCCAUCUGGGAGGGGUACGCCGUGACCAGCCUGUACGUCAACGCCGGCACGGUAAUCUACACGGCGCUAGUCGACACGGACGAGGAGAUCUCCAUGGCGUUAACCGUCUCCGACGGCGCGGCGCCCACGCGGUACUUGGUGACCAGCUCCGGCAGGUUGCAACUCCUCAACUGGAACGGCACCUUGUCGGCAUGGGUCACGGCCCAGUCGUGGCCGCCGAGCGGGUGCAGCACAUACAGUCGCUGCGGCGCGUACGGGUACUGCGACGUCACAGCGGCGCCCGCGGCGUGCAGGUGCCUGGACGGCUUCGAGCCGGCGAGCACGGCGGACUGGAGCGCCGGCAGGUUCGAGCAGGGGUGCCAGCGAAAGCAGGCGUUGCCGCAAUGCGGCGGAAUCGGGAUAGGUUUCGUGGCGAUGCCGAGCAUGAAGGUGCCGGACAGGUUCUCGAUCGACUCCGACAACCGGAGCGCGGGGGAGUGCGCGGCCAGGUGCGCCGCAACUUGCUCGUGCGUGGCAUAUGCGUACACCAACGUGCAGAGCAGCAGCGCCAAGGACGAACUGAUCAAGUGCGUGGUGUGGGCAGGGGAGCUCGUCGACGCGCAGAUGAUUGGCCCGCGCUGGGGCGGCGAGACGCUCUACCUCCGCGUGCCCGUUGCUGCUGCCUCCACAGUGCCGGUGUUAGCCCUGCCGAACACAGGUAGAAAGUCCAGUAGACAUGCAGUAAAGAUAGCCCUGCCGGUGUUAGCAGCCGUCCUGCUGCUCACAUGCAUUUUCUUUGUAUGGUUCUGGAGAUUCAGAGUCAAGGGAAGAAAAACCGAGAGCCAAAAUAAGACCACGGACACGUUGAGCAAAAUCAGAGGAGAUGACACCGGAAACCUUGAGUUCCCGUCCAUACGGUUCGCCGACAUUGUCGCCGCCACGGACAACUUCUCCAAAACACACAUGAUCGGACGCGGAGGGUUCGGCAAGGUCUACAAGGGAACGUUGGAAGGCGGUCAUGUGAUUGCUGUGAAAAGACUGAGCAAGGACUCAGAUCAGGGAGCAGAGGAGUUCAUGAACGAGGCCAUUCUGAUAGCCAAGCUGCAGCACCGGAACCUGGUCCGCUUGCUCGUCUGCUGCACCGAGGGGGCCGAGAAGCUGCUCAUCUACGAGUACCUCCCCAACAAGGGCCUCAACGCCAUCCUCUUCGACAGCGCGAGAAAAGCGGUGCUGGGCUGGCCGACGCGGCUGGGGAUCAUCAAGGGGGUGGCUAGGGGGCUGCUCUACCUGCACCAGGACUCGAGGCUGACGGUGAUACACCGGGACCUCAAGGCCAGCAACGUGCUGCUGGACGCCGAGAUGCGGCCCAAGAUGGCCGACUUCGGCAUGGCCAAGAUCUUCGGCGACAACCAGGUCAAAGCCAACACCCGGAAAGUCGUCGGAACAUAUGGCUACAUUGCUCCUGAGUACUCGACGCAGGGCGUCUUCUCCGUCAGAUCUGACGUGUACAGCUUCGGCGUGCUGCUGCUUGAGAUCGUGAGCGGCAUCAGGAUAAGCGCAAUGGACGGCAUCAUGGAGUGUCCUAGCCUGACAGUCUAUGCAUGGAGCCUGUGGGGGGAAGGGAAGGCAGGUAAGCUGGUGGAUCCAUCCAUGGCAGAGAGCUGUUCGCAGGAUGAGGCCAUGCUCUGCAUCCACGUCGGCCUCCUGUGCGUGGAGGACGACCCGAGCAGGAGGCCGCUAAUGUCGUCCGUCGUGUCCAUCUUAGAGAAUGGAAGCGCGCCGGUGGUGGCAUCGGCGUCUCUUCCGGCGCCGAACCAGACAGGGUACCUUAAAAUGAUGGGAGAGAAGAGCCAAAGAAGCAAUCUCGAGAACACGAACGCCAUGACCAUGACCGCUCUUCAGGGACGGUAG